ACAUUGGCCUCCGUAAGACGAAGAGUCAGGGAAAAAGAGCCGCAGGGUGCAGGAGAGCACGAGCACGGCCGCCUCCUUGGAUUUCUUCUCAACAACCAGGUGGAUAGACUCACGUAUAUACAAUCCGUCUGUUCGAAGGUUGGAAAAGGUAAUAAAAGAAGACUUGUCUAGACACGAACAGGCGACAGGAUGCGAUUGUCGACGAUUUUCGAGUUAUUGCUGAUCCUCUUGCUGGUGGCAUUUGCAGCUUAUGGUCGAGUAAUUGAUCACGAUGAGAUACAUCGAGCAGCUCGCACCGCGGAUAACGUGAAGUAUAGUGAUAUGAGUCUAUCGACGAUGUCGUUGAAACAGGCGGCCGAUAGCGUAAACCGAUACUGUACCUGUAAUGAGAACAUCUGCAAUUGCUGUCGGGACUUUCACAUACCGGUUGUGCAGCUAAAAGGACCAGGAUGUGCCUCGCUGCAAUAUCUACAAGGUGACAAUUUGGCAGUACAGCUGAGUUUUGGCGACAACAUAUUAACCAGCACGAUCGUUAACGGAAAGAAUCCGAAGCCUGUAUGUGUCCCUUUACCGGGUGGUUUUACCAAAUUCUGCGGCAGAAUUUAUUCUAUCCAACGCGAUGCGAAGAAUCACUUCAAAGCUUGCCUUGGUCUAGAAUUGCAAUCAUCUACCGAACUGGAAGCUAGUCUUCGCGUCAGUUGCUUCAGGUUUGGUCCAGAAGGUUUGAAGCUUCGACCGGCCGAGCCACUUCCGGUUGUCGAGGCGGAAUCUGUCGAAGAAGAAGAUGAUGAUGAUUUCUUUGGACUUGGCUCCGAUGACGACGAUGACGAUGACGAAGAGGACGAAAGACCUUCUUUCAAUUCUGUCCCGGAUGCUUCAGGAGGCAGCAACACGCAAGAGUCAGAUGACGACGACGAUGACGACGAUAUCUUAGGUUUUAGUGCUCUACUGGAUAUUUUCACUGGCGAGGAUGACACUGCCACGAAGAAACCUAAAAUUACCACUGUGGCGCCAUUAUUAGAAUUUACUAUUCCUAUUUUAUCGAGGCCAACGACACCGAUAUCGCUGGAGAAUCAUGAACUGUCAACUUUCCCCACCGAAUUGGAAAAUAACGAGGAACACGAAAACGACACUGAGGAACCCGUUAAAGUGAUAGACGAGGGAUUGACUGAGAGCAAUACCGAAAACAACAUUGAUGAGAAUCAGGAACAAAUCACGGAGGCUUCUAAUAAAAUUACGUAUCUCGUGAAGCCUAACAAGGCGACCAUUAAUAAAGUGAAGAAGGGAGUUGUUGGAGAGAAAAAACCUAGUGUGACGUCCACUAGUGUCAAUGCCAUCCAUAAUCCUGAGAAACCAGUAAAGAAGCCCAUCAAAGACGAAUACGACGAAGAUGUUAAUGAAGACGAUAUUUUAGACGAUGACGACGAUGAUGUACUCGACGAUGACGAUGAGGAUGAAGUACUCGAUGACGAUGACGAAGAUAAGAAUGAUGAAGAUGGAGAUAAUGAAGAUAAAUUAGAUGAUGAAAAACAUACAGAGGAUGAGGACGAUGAUGAUGACGAUGACGAUGAUGAGAAAGCUGAGGAUCUUGCUGAAUUGGACGAUGACGAUGACGAGGAGGAAGACGCUAUGCUGAGUGCUCUUAUGGAGACCGGCAAAAGUAAGAAAAAUAAAGGUAAUCAGACAAACACCAAUGAACAUGACAAUGAGGAUUAUGAUGCUGAAUUGGACUUUUUGACUAGAAAGCAUUCCGGAGGAAAUCGUCAAAGCAAACUCACAAGGUUUUAAAAAGUAAUAGAGCUUUAGUCAAUAGGCUAAUUGAAAGUCGGGAAAAGUUCUUAUUUAAUCAUAAAUUCGCUGUUCCGAUAAGACUUGAGGCAUUUUAUCGGAUCAGCAGAAUGUUUAUAAAAAAAUCAUCGGUGGAUUAAUAUAAUUGUGAUAUAACUAUUA